AUGUGGUGCGAUCCACCUUCAGUAAUAACGGCUGAUAUAAUACAGCCAUCACAAACGAAUUGGACAAUGUCUUUUUCAUCAACAAUUAAUGAUAAACAACAAUUAUCAUUUAUUUAUCAACCAGGUGUUGGAUUAUAUGAUAAAAAAAUUGAUAUGGAUCAAGAUUUACGAAUAACAUCAACAAUAACUGAUGUUGAUGAAAGAAUACAAUCAUUUGAACUUUCACCAUCAUCAUCAUCAACAUUUACAUCUGAUGUUGAUCAUCGCUGGUCAUCAUCCUCAUCAUCAUCUAUUGAAUCUCCAUCUCGUAAUAUAAAAACAAAUAAUUUAUAUAAAUCAUAUUUAAGACGACAAAAUGAACAAGAUUCAUUACCAAUUCGUGAAAAAUUAUUUUCAUCAGAUGAUAUAUUGUCAGAUAAAACAAAAAAAAAUCCAUCAACAAAUAAUACAAAUUAUCAUAUGAAAUCUAUUGAUGUUAAUAUAACAACAAAUCAAGAAAAUAAUCAAAAACGAAAAUUUGAUCAGAAUGUCUAUACUAAUAAAAAACUUCGUCAUUCAUCUUCAUCCAUAAUAAAAAAUCAUUUACAGUCUAAUGAACAAAAACAAUGUGAAAUAUUUUCAAAAUCUUCAAAUUCAAAUAUUUCAAUAGAUGAAAAUUUUAAAUGUGAAAAAAAUUUACUUGACGAAGAACUUGAUGGUCAAAAAACAAAUUUAAUAACAAUCGAAGAAAAACGAUCUAAACAACAAUUAUCAGCAAUUAAACUUCGGUCAAAUUCAAACGAACGAAUACAAAAACAAUCUAUUACAACAAUAAUAAAAAAUAUUCCAAUGGUAAAAAAAUCAUCAUCGGAAAAUCCAAAAUCAGAUAUAAUAUCAACUGAAAAAGAAAUUCUUCCAAUACUUUCACAAGGUUUAUUACUUUGUCCUAAAGAAGAACCAAUAAAAAAGAAAAAGAAAAAGAAAAUAGCAUCAACUAUUAUUUCCAAUACUGAAUCACUUGAUGAUGAUUACGUACUUGAUUCAAUUCUAUUUAAUGAAAUGCAGUCAGUUCAACAACAAUGGUCGCAAUUUUUAAUAUUAACUAUGGAAAAAGAGUUACAUAUUAAUCCAUCUGAUGGAAAAAAGAAAUUAAAACAAAAUAAAUUUAAUCGUACAAAUGAAUUUGUAUUAUCUCAUGAUAGUUUAUAUGAUUUCGAAGGAAUGAAGCAUUGGUGUCCAACAUCUAGAUUAAUAAUAAUGUCAAUUGCUUCUCCAACAACAACAACAACAACAACAACAACGAUGAAUAAUAAUUCAUCACCAUCAUCAAAUCCUCUAACAACACUUUUACAUUCAAUAACUAAAAAACGUUCAAUAUCACCAAUUGUUCAACGUUUUGUUAAUUUAUGUGUUAAUCAAAAUAAACAAAAUGAUAUAAAUUCUUUACCAUCAUCAAAUAUAAAUGAACAUACAGAAAAAAUAAUAAGAAAUUUAGUAAAAAAAUUAACAAAAUUAAAAAAAAAAUGGUUCAAUUCAAGAACAAAAUGUGUAACAAUACCAAGAUCACUUGAUGUUCCACCGAAUCAAUCAUCGAAAUCUAAUUCUGUUGUUAUCUAUUGUCGUCUAUGGCGUUGGCCAGAUUUAUCAAAUCAAAAUGAACUUAAACCAGUUGAUUAUUGUCCAAAUGCAUUUCAUUAUUCUCGAGAUGAUAUUUGUAUUAAUCCAUUUCAUUAUGAACGUGUACCAGUUAAAUAUUCUGUUUAUGUUCCACAUUUACCACCGGAAGCAUUUCGUGAUAUGCCUGAUUUACGUUCAGCUUCAACAAAUGAUAUUUUACCAAAUCAAAUACCAGAAAAUACAACAUAUCAAACAACUAUUGACCAACAACAAUCACCAUCAUCAUAUCAAUUAUCACCUGGAAGUAUCAGUUCACAAGAUUCUCUUCUUUCACCUCCUGGUACAACUCAUAAUGAUGAAAAUAAUCAAAAUUCUCAUGACACUCGAAUGGAGAUUGAACUUGUUCCACCUGUAUCAACCGAAACAAAUUCUAUCUAUUCCCAACAACAACAACAACAGCAACAGCAACAGCUACAGCAACAGCUACAACAACAGCAACAAUCAAUAUCAACAAUAUCCCCUCAUCCAUCUCAAUAUUCCAUAACAAAUGGUGAACAAGUACCAUUUGAAGAACCUCAUGAAUGGUGUCUUAUAUCAUAUUAUGAAAUGUCAACACGUGUUGGUGAACAAUUUCAUGCAACACAACCACAAGUUAUCAUUGAUGGUUUUACUGAUCCAUCGAAUGCUGAACGUUUUUGUUUGGGUGGUUUAACAAAUGUUCAUAGAACAUUUGAAAUAGAUAAAGCACGUCGUCAUAUUGGACGUGGUGUUAAAUUAUUUCAUAUACGUGGAAAUGUUUUUGCUGAAUGUAUAUCAGAUAAUGCUGUUUUUGUUCAAAGUCCAAUAACAAAUCGAAGAUUAUCAUGGCAUCCAGCAACUGUUUGUAAAAUUCCACCAAAAGUUCGACUGAAAAUUUUCGAUAGUGAUGAUUUUACACAAAUACUUAGUAGUGCUGUUCAUGAAAGUUAUGAAGCUGUUUAUAAUCUCAUGAGAAUGUGUAUCAUUCGAAUGAGUUUUGUUAAAGGAUGGGGUGUUGAAUAUAGACGUCAAGCAGUAACAUGUACUCCAUGUUGGGUAGAAAUUCAUUUAGAAGGUCCAUUGAAAUGGCUUGAUACGGUACUUUCUACAAUGCGUGGUCCAACACAAUCGAUUACGAGUGUUUCAUGA